AUGAUGAUCGACGACGCCUCCACCUCGACCCUAACCACCACGGUGACCACCGGCAGCCACGUCCUCAGAAUUAACGGCUAUACGGAGACAAAGCUCCUCGGCAACGGCGUGGCGGCCCCGUCCGGCGAGUUCGAGGCCGCCGGCCACCGCUGGCGGAUCCACUACUACCCCAACGGGGGAUGGUGGAACAACGCCGACGGCAUCUCUCUCGCCCUCAGCAUAGCAGACAAGUACGUCCUCAGCCAUGUCAACGCGAACGUCCGGUUCUCUCUCGUCCCUCACGACGGCAAGAAGCCGGCACCGGCCAAGCUCAAGCACUACCGUUCCAGUUUCGGCGGCGUCUUCAAGUUCAACGGCCAUGUCAUCGGCGAACGGUCUAGGUUCAUGGGAAGAGACCAGCUAGAGAAGUCGGGUUACGUCGUGGAUGACUGCUUCAUCGUCAGGUGCGACAUCGACGUUGUCGUCACGUCGGCGGCUAGGGUGGUUGGCAGCACGGCCACGGAUGCGUGUGAUGAUCUCGUGGAGGCGGAGCUCCCCUGCAGCAGCAUGGUUCAGGAGGACAUGUGCAAGCACGAGGACAACGUCGUUGGCGGCCACGCAACGGAUACGGAGGACCCUUCCGAUAUCGGGUUGGCGAAGCCGCACCGCUCGGGACCAAGGCAACCCAAGAUGAUGAUGCAUCCGAUGGCCGCCACUGUUUUCUCAUGUUUUGCAGAUUUUUUCUAG